GUACGACUACGAGCUCAGCAGGUUGGAGUCAUCACAUCAGAGACUUUGGUCUGCCACCUCCGUCAAAGUCCGAUCACCCUCAAUGCGAUGCAUCUGACUGGUCCCCCGGUACUGUUGAGUGGGAGUACUCAGUGGGCAGGCCAACCUCUGACUUGAACGCGAUUCCCGCAACAGCUGAGUUGGCGAGAUUUACCGUAGACAGUGCCGAAUCGAUUUCGCUGGAGAAUCUGCGUGUCGCCCUUCAAGCUUCUCACAGGCGCAUGAUGACCAUUGUUGAGGAGGAGAGGACAUCUAGUCAAUACCAUAAGGUCUCCAGUGGGUCAUCCGUGAACAAAGAUCUUUGUCAAGAACUCGUUGAAGGCUCCGAAGGAUAUGCCAGGCUGAGACAGUGGGCGGAGCGAAGCGGAUUUUGA